CCUAAACCUCAGGAGAGGGACCAAUGGGCCAGUAAAAUGGAAUUCAUCCUGGCAGUCGCAGGACACAUUAUUGGUCUGGGAAAUGUCUGGAGGUUUCCGUACCUUUGCUACAAAAAUGGAGGAGGGGUUUUCUUCAUACCUUAUGUUUUGUUCUUGUUCACCUGUGGCAUUCCACUCUUCUUCCUGGAGACAUCUUUGGGCCAGUACACCAGUCAGGGUGGAAUAACAUGCUGGAGAAAAAUCUGCCCCCUUUUUGAAGGCUUAGGCUAUGGGAGCCAAGUGGUUGUUUUGUACACUGGGGUGUAUUACAUCAUCAUACUGGCUUGGGCAUUCCUCUACCUGUUUUCAUCCUUCAAGUCUGAGCUUCCAUGGGCGAGCUGCCACAACAGCUGGAACACAGCUGGCUGUUUUGAGCACAGUCACAAUCAAACAUCCUCUUUGCACCUGCAUGGAAAUAGUACGUCUUCAGUUGUAGAAUUUUGGGAGAGGAGAAUCUUGGGGCUGUCUAGUGGAAUUGAAGAAAUCGGUAAUAUUCGUUGGGACUUGGCUCUUUGUCUACUUCUUGCCUGGAUUUUGUGCUACUUCUGUGUCUGGAACGGCGUGAAGACCACAGGAAAGGUGGUUUACUUCACAGCCACAUUUCCAUACAUUAUGCUGGUGGUGUUGCUUGUUCGUGGUCUUACAUUACCGGGGGCCAAAGAAGGAAUAAUGUUCUACCUCUACCCAGACCCAUCCCGCCUCGCUGAUCCAGAGGUUUGGAUGGAUGCUGGCAGCCAAAUUUUCUACUCCUAUGGAGUUUGCACAGGUGUUCUGACAUCUUUAGGAAGUUACAAUAAGUACAACAACAAUUGCUACAGAGACACAGUUUACCUGUGCCUGUUAAACAGUUUAACCAGCUUUGUAGCUGGCUUUGCCAUCUUUUCUGUUCUUGGUUUCAUGGCAAAGGAGCAAGGUGUGGACAUAUCAAUGGUGGCUGAAUCAGGUCCAGGGUUGGCAUUCAUUGCUUAUCCUCGUGCUGUAGCUCUAAUGCCACUCCCCCAGCUCUGGGCCAUUUUCUUCUUUAUUAUGAUCAUCUUCUUAGGAUUAGACAGUGAGUUUGUAUAUCAAGAGGCGUUGGUCACAACCAUCUCCGACAUGUAUCCCUCCUUCUUUCAAAACAACUGCCGCCGCAAACUCCUUCUUCUUGCCAUUAGUGUUGGAAGUUUCUUUAUUGGCCUGCUGAUGGUUACACAGGGAGGCCUUUAUAUUUUCCAGUUGUUUGACUACUAUGCCUGCAGUGGGAUGACACUCCUACUUUUUGCUGUUCUUCAGUCUGUCUGUAUUGGAUGGGUCUAUGGUGCAGAUCGUCAUUAUGAUAAUAUAAAGGACAUGAUUGGAUAUCGACCGUGGCCUUUUAUGAAAUAUUGUUGGCAGUACUUCACACCAGCUAUCUGUACUUGCACAUUUCUCUUUGCCUUGGUCAAAUACACACCACUCAAAUUCAACAACACUUAUGAAUACCCCUGGUGGGGCUACACCAUCGGAGGAUUCUUUACUCUCUCGUCAACUCUUAUGGUUCCUGGAUGGAUGCUGUAUGCUAUGAGUGUCACUCCUGGAACACUAAGACAGAGAUUGAAAAUUCUGUGCACUCCAGCAAAAGACCUACCCACUGCAACGUCAAAUAAGCCAUCAAAUCAAGAGGCAUUUCAGACUUUCACAGACUUGUACACUCUCCGCAUGACAGAAAAUCCUGGUGACAGAGAUGGCAGAGCUCAGAGAUCAUCUAUUAUUUAAAUGGCAAGAAAUAAAGAGUACAUCCUGACACUAAAAUAGAGCCAUAACAGCAGCGGUUUUAUGUCAAAACUGUCCACAAAACAUUUGUGAAACUCUGGGAAAUGCACAUCACAAUAUAUUUCAGUGCUUGUGACAUCAGUUGUGAACAUACUUUUUAUAUCUCACGUUUUUGCCAGCUGGCAGUGUAUUUCUGAUAAUGAUUUAUGUUACAAUUACAUUUGAAAAUCACACUGUAAGAUCUUUUUUAAAGGAGUGCUUUUUAAAUAACGACAUUGAGUCUUUAUUAUUUUUACUGGGGUAUUAAACAAGCCCUCUGGUAAAAAAUAACAAUGUUUUUAGGAAGGAGAGAAAUUUCUUUCCUGAGAUUAAAAACUGUGUAAUGUUUAUAUACAUUUGUGUAUGCUGGUUAGCAGUAUAUUAAACAAUGUAUUUCUGGUAAUGCUAAUAAUAUUAAUUACUGAACAUGUAUUUAUUAAUUAAAGGGUAUUUUAAUAUCUUUAUGUGCUAACAAAUACAACU